CAGCAAAAAAAGAAAAUGUGGCUGAACAAAUUCAUGCAAUGAAAGAUAUUGAAGUUAUGAAAUCAUUAGAAGGAAUCAGUUCUGAUGGAACAAGUGCUGAAGCACAAUGUAUGUCUUUCAGUCCAAAAAGAGAUUGUGAAAAUUCUAACAAGCAUUUCAUAACAGAUGGAAGGAAAGAAAAAUCACUUGGAUUAAUGAGCCUGAAAUUUCUCAUGUUGUUCCUUACUACUGCACCAAAGGUUUUAAAUUUGGAUUUAGCAGCUAAAGUAUUGAUUGGAAAUUCUAAUUCAGAAAUUCUAAAUGGAGAUGAAUCAAUAAAAUUUAAAACAAAAGUUAGAAGACUCUACGAUAUAGCAAAUAUUUUAUCAAGUCUUGGACUUAUUCAAAAAGUUUACGUUACUGAAUUAAGAGGAAGAAAACCUGCAUUUCAAUACAUUGGUCCAGAUUUGAAGGAUUUUGAAGAGGACGGUAUAGAAUGUGAGAAUUUUUUGUCACUACAGUCAUUUAUGAAUGAAAAUAGUUCAUCAAGUUCUGUUCAAAAUGAUUCAGAAAAUUCCCAUGCCAGUACUUCAAAAAGAGAAGCAAAAUCAAAACUUACACGGCAUGCUUCUCUUCAAGAUAUCUGUGAAGUUGCAGAGCUUGAACGAGUGAAAAUGUUUUCAGAUGAAAACAAAUCUUCAUUUAAUAUAGCUUCGACUUUUGGUGUACAGUCAGCAAUUAAAUUAGAUUUUUAAGAAAAACUGAAAGUAUUUUUUCCAUCAAGGGACAAGCCUGAAAUAUCAAACAAGAUAUUAAAAAUAUAUUUUCCUUGGAAGGAUAUUAUUUGCCAAGCAUAUAUUUUUGGUGGAAUAUUUUCUUCAAAUGAAAUUAAAAAUUAUACCACACUGGACAGUUAAUUUCAUUAGU